AUGAAUCGACACCAUCCAUACGGCGGCGGAGCAUAUGAGGCUCCCAUGAAUCGACGGGGGGGCUCCCCUAGUGGUGGUCCUGAUAGAUCUCACCGAUUCCAAGACAGAGGCGGUGGCGCCCACCGCGGAAGAGGCUUCGGGCGUGGUCGAGGAGGAGGGGGCGGGUACGGCCCCGGCGGUGGUGGAAAUUAUGACGGAAAUUUCAACAGCGCCAACGCUUAUGACCAGCCCCCUCCUCAAGGCGACGUAGGCACUUAUGGUAGUUACGAAGGAGGCUCGCAAGACUCGUUCUACUCCAACAGUUACGGCAACGGGAACAGCCAGAAUUCUAACUACCCUAGUGGCCCCGAUUUCAAUCAGACAUAUGGCCAAUAUGAAGGUGCGCUUGAAACUCUAAGAUUUGCUACACCAGUGCAGUCCUUUUAG